AUUUUUUCGUAAACUCGCUGGACUACGGCAUUUAUUUUACGGUGGAUGUGCCGCUCGAUAAGAAUGGACGCGAACACGGACGUUUAUCGCGGUAUUUUUGAUCAUUCAAAUAUCGUUCCUUACCAAGCAGACGCCAAGUUUUCGAAGUUAUAACGCGAUGGCCGAAGCUAAAGCAGAUACAGUUCCCGGGUUGGGUUUUAAGGACAAGGAGAAGGCACAGGAGACGAUCAAAAUACUGGAAGGUCGCGACCCCGAUUAUCAACGGCUUGCCGUUAAAGGGCUGGUCGGUAGGGCAAAACGCACCCUUACACUUACAAAAGACAAGGAAAAACUGCAAAAUAUAAAUGACGCCUUGUCGCUUUUCGAAGAUUGGCUCAAGGACUUCGAAUUCAAGAAUUUAUCGAAGGAAAACCGCGCAUACUUACCGCUGCAGUGCAUAGAGUCCUUGUUGCCGUUAAAGGAAAAGUACAAAAUCAAAAAUGAAGAUGCGGAGUCUUUCAUUAAAGCUUACAAAGAGAAAGCCAGAGGAGAUUAUAAAAACUUGCGAACGGUGGCUAGUGGCGAAGAUAAACCGACAUGGGAUAUUGUUCGGAAUCAAAACUUGAAGAAAUUACUGAAAGAAAUGGAGGAAAGUAAGCCGGACUUGUGGAAGGACGAUCUGCCUACAAAAGAUCACCUUGAACUCAUUUUAUGGGCUUACAGUCCAGAUGCCAGCAAGAUAAAGAAAAAUGUGUCUGUAUAUCAAGAAAAAUUAGGAUCUGGAAAGGCUGAAGACGAUGAUGAAGAAAAAAUGGAAGUAGAAAAGAAGAAUGAUGGUGAAAAGAAAAAUAAUAAAAGAAAAUCAGGGGGAUCAAGCAGCAGCAGCAGCAGCAGUAGUAGUGGAGACGACGAUGACUCUCCAAAAAAGAAAAACAAGAAGGAAUGAAGUGCUUCGUCGUUAUAACUAUAUACUACCUUAGCAGAUUGUAGCAAUUUUUUUAUUACCUAAAAGAUACAGUUAUCUAAUGGAUUUUUGUUUAGAAUGUUUAUAAUACUAAAUUUAUAUCAAUAAUUUGGUUGUGUUAAAAUUGCGUUCAAAUUUAUUUUUACGUAAAUAAAAAUUUUUGA